AUGGAGGAGAAAGAGAUAAAAACUAACAAUGGGAUGAACCCGGAUGAUAUAAUUGAACAGACCGGAGGCUGUGGACGAUAUCAAAUCCGCAUGUCUAUCGUCAUACAUCUCAUUAAAACGGUCGUCUGCUUUGCUUUUUCUAACCUCGUCAUCGGAAGCAAGACGCCGACGUGGUACUGCGUGGAAGACUUUAUACAAAACAAUUUAACAUCUACUACAGACUUUGCAAACGGAUCGUUCGAACUUGUAUGUGACAAAGAUUUUAUUCCUAGUACAAUAAAUUCUAUACAAAUAGCCGGCGUGCUGGCAGGCAAUGUAAUAUCCGGUCAACUAGCUGAUUUAUUUGGACGGAGACCACCAUUCUUUGCCUCAAUAUGGCUUCUUCUAUUGACACACGUGGUUGGUUACUUUUCAACAACAUGGCAGAUGUAUGCGGUUUGCAUGUUUUUCGCUGGUUUUGGCGGAGGAUUUUUCUUAACAACACAAUACUGCAUUCUGUCCGAAUUCACUCUUUCAAAAUGGCGUGCAUGGGUUGUUGGGUUUCCUUCUUGGCCAAUUCAAGGAUGUCUCUAUGCUUUGGUUGCCUGGCUUCUGCAUGAUUGGCGAUAUUUUCAACUGGUCACUGCAAUAAUGGCAGUGCCUUGCUUACUGACUUGGUUCAUUAUUCCGGAGAGUUUCAGAUGGUAUUUAGCACACGACAAGCAAGAAAAGGCAAAAAAUAUUAUUAGUAAUAUUGCGAGAUUUAACAAUCAGCAGGAGUUUGUCUUUAAUGCGGUCGUUCACGAGGAAGAAGAUCAAAAUAAAAAAUAUACAUUCAUACACUUGUUCAAAUCUAAAUAUCUUAUAAGAGUUUCAUUUCUUCUAAUGCUGAACUGGAUUGCUCUUGGUGUGGUGUCGUAUGGUAUAUCAUUUGGAAUACAGACCCUGUCUGGAAACAUUUACCUUAACUACUUCUUAUUUAGUCUAACGAGCAUUCCAACAAAAGGAAUUGCAAUUUGGCUGCAGAACAGAUUUGGCAGACGAGCCUCAACACUUAUAAGUUUCGUCGUGGUUGCAAUUGGAGGACUUAGCGCUGGAAUUGUUCAAACCUUAGAUUUGCAAAACAAAGACACAUUGAUCAACAUUUUUGCCCUAAUUGCCAACGCUGGUAUAUCGACGGCCUGGGGACCCGUACAGACUAUGACGAUAGAGUUAUAUCCAACUGUUAUCAGAAAUAUAGGAUUUGGGACAUUAAGCGUAACUGGAAGAACCGGUGCCAUACUGGGACCACAACUUGUUUAUCUGAACUCUUACUUUCAAGGAUUGUUGUUCUAUGUGUGUGGCGGUAUAGCUGUGAUAUGUAUCAUUGGUACAUUAUUUCUACCAGAGACCAAAGGUCAAAACCUUAACGAUAAGAUUAAGAUGAAUAAUGACAAUUGAACAUAAUACAUGUAAUAUCAAUUUGAAAAUGCUUACACCUUAGUGUAACAUCAAACAUGUAACAUUUAUGAUGAAAUAAAUGUCGUAAUAAUUCGAUUGUCAAAAAUAUUAAUUCAUAAUUUAUAGGGUUGUGUUAUGGACUAUAUUUGUUUAUCAAAUAUUACAAUUUCAACGUAAAAACGCGUCAUUUACAU